UUGAAUCUGGAUUCAUUGCGAUUUGAACCCGCAACUAUAAAUUCCAUUUAUAUUUAUAUUUCAGGACAAAAAAUGAUCUGAGCUUUUACGUUACUCUGCAGGCUAACACCUCUUUCUCCCUCUUUUGGAAUAUUCGAGAAUUAGAUCCGUCCCUGAACUUCGAAAAUGCAGAGCACAGCUUUCACUCUCUCCCCUUCGCUUACUCUUCACAGACCUCGCGGACCUUUUUCCUGCAAUCGCUUCGAUCCUCCACACCUUUCUAUCUCUGCUUCCUCUUCCAAGCCCAAUGAAAGCUCCUCCUCCUCGUCCUCGUCUUUCCAUCGCCGAUAUUGGUCCGUUGCUUCUUCUUCCUCCUCAUCCUCUUUUAAGUUCAGGCCCUUGACAUCUUUGCCCACUCCUGCUUCCUCUGAUUCUGAUGCUACUACUCGGUUUGAGGCCCGGGCCACUUCUGUGCCUGAAAGCGCGGACGAGAGUCCCAACGCCUUAUUCAAAACCCUGCAGCUUGGAUCCUUGUUUGGCCUUUGGUACCUCUUCAACAUAUACUUUAAUAUCUACAAUAAGCAGGUCUUGAAGGUGUACCAGUUUCCAGUAACUGUCACUGCUGUUCAAUUUGCUGUCGGGACUCUCCUUGUCUUAUUUUUAUGGACUUUUAAUCUCUAUAAAAGGCCUAAAAUAAGUGGUUCCCUGCUUGCAGCCAUAUUGCCUUUGGCUAUGGUACAUACUUUGGGGAACCUUUUCACUAACAUGAGCCUUGGAAAGGUGGCCGUAUCGUUCACUCACACUAUCAAAGCAAUGGAGCCUUUCUUUUCAGUGGUCCUUUCUGCUAUAUUCCUUGGAGAGAUGCCGACUGUAUUGGCGGUCGCUUCGCUUGUGCCUAUUGUUGGUGGAGUGGCACUAGCGUCUGUCACUGAAGCCUCAUUUAAUUGGGCUGGAUUUGGGAGUGCAAUGGCAUCUAAUUUGACGUUUCAGUCUCGUAAUGUUCUCAGCAAAAAGGUCAUGGUUAAUAAAGAGGAAUCAGUGGACAAUAUAAACCUCUUCUCAAUAAUAACUGUUAUGUCCUUCUUUUUGUUAGCACCUGUGGCUAUCUUCAUGGAAGGCGUCAAAUUUACCCCUGCAUAUCUGCAAUCUGCGGGGUUAAAUGUUAGGCAAUUAUACACCCGAGCUCUUGUUGCUGCACUCUGUUUCCAUGCAUAUCAACAAGUUUCUUAUAUGAUAUUGCAGAGGGUAUCCCCUGUUACCCACUCUGUGGGCAACUGUGUGAAGCGGGUUGUUGUCAUUGUGAGCUCCGUCCUCUUCUUCAAAACACCUGUAUCACCUGUUAACGCUUUAGGCACUGGUAUAGCUCUUGCCGGAGUGUUCCUUUAUUCAAGGGCAAAGAGGAUUAAGCCAAAGCCGAAGACAGCUUAGUGUUUCGUAAAAUUGUGCUAGUCGCUUUGAGUUUAUUAAAGCCGGAUAAUAGCUGCAUUUUAUAAUUACUUUGUAGGUGAGGCAGGGAAUUUGAGUGUUGUCAUUCUUGUCCCCACACCUUUCUUUUGAUUUUUCCUUCUUGCCUUGUGAAUCUUAUUGUUUGUAGGAUGAAUAGCACCUGGUUGUUCUGCUGCAAGGAAAAUCUCUCAUCUGCUUAAGAACUACCUUCAAGUGUUUUUUUUCGAGUGUACAAAUACUAUGUCACUUGCACAAAUAUAUGUAAAUAGUCUUGUUAUAUGGUGGGGGA